AACGGAGCGAGGAUACACUCUUUUGAGUUUUUAUAAGAAAGUAUAUUUUCCAGUUGAGGCAGAUUUUUACUACAUGGGCGCAAUUUGAUUCUGCAUUUUAGAACGCAUCAGGACUAAAAUAUAUUAUUUUUCCUGCUAUCUGAGCCUCGGCAUGUUCUUAGCAUGUUCUUAAAAUUUAGUGAAAUUUCAGACUUGAAUUUCUUAUAAAAAAGGUGUCUUUAAAAAAAGAAAGAGUGUACAGAUUAGAACGAACGAGCGGCCGAGAGUGCGGUGUGAGAAGGUGUAGAGGUGAAAGAUUAGUUCAAUGUUACAACGAAGGAGACGUUAUAUUGAGUUGUUUAAAUAAUAGUGAUUGAUGCUUGAAUUUUUUUUUAAAACAACCAAAGGCAAAUAAAUAAAUCUAAAUAAAUAAAAAUAAAAAAUGUGACGAGCCUGCAGAAAAUCAUCUGCUUAGUCAGCAGACAUACUUGCGACAGUAGCCUCGUUUUCAUGAUGGGCCUGGUUGAAUAGUUCCAACUUACUAAGUUUCUUCGUAAAACACCAAUUAUUUACAAAAUUCACGAAAAAUCACAGUAAUAUUGCAAUGCAUAUCAGAGACAAAAUGUAAUAGACCCUUAGAAGAAUUUUUGCAAAUUUUUUACCUGGAUAGGCUGAGAUAUCUUGUGUUUUAUGUUUGCGCGCUGACGCAAAGAUGGCGACAUCUUUCUGUUGUUGGAGGAAAAGGUAGCGAAGGUUUAUACCAACUAGAAGUCUAAAUACAUGCACUGUUGAAAUGGCAUCAAACGAGGCUUCCCUUCAUUCCCUUGAAGCUCUUAUGGAUGAGUUCUUUUGUGGAAAUGCAGACAAUAACAGAAAGAGAGAAAUCGAACAUGUGCUCCAUAAUUUUGGUCAGCAGUCGGGAGCGUGGCAUCACUGCGUGUAUUUUCUGAGCAACAGUCGGAAUCAUUAUGUUCUGAUGUAUGCUAUAUCAAUAUUUGAGAAUUUGAUAAACAAACAAUGGAUCGGUACCCAGCCAUCGGACAAGACGGAAAUCCGAUCAUUCCUCAAGCAGUACUUGUUGUCACAACACAAGGCUCUUCCGGCAUUUGUCAGGAACAAGCUGGCCAAGGUCAUAGUAGACAUGGGUAGACUAGAUUGGCCACAUUUUUACCCUAACUUUCUCUCUGAUAUCAUGGAGCUUAUUCAGCAGCCUUCAAACACUAGCCUCGGCCUUAUCAUGCUACAAACCACCUCUGAGGAGCUGGCCUCACCCCGUGAAGACCUCAGUAUUGCACGUCGCACAGAGUUACACCGACUGCUCCUACAUGAGGUCCCAGCCAUCCUCUGCCUACUGACUCAGCUGCUCGACCGAAUACUGGACAAGCACCGUCGUCUAGCAUCCACAGUCACCCCUCCACCCUCGCCAACACAUGGUGUAGCCUCUACGCAUAGUGCCAGCCCAACUGUCUCAAACAGUAGCACCCUCUCCCUCUGUUCCACUUCCCCCCUGACGGAUGCACCUCACCAUGUCUCAAAUCCUCUAGUUGGAAGACUGUUGAAUCAGUCACCCAAAUCUCGGCAAAACUUUGGACACCCUCUGCCAUCACUGGACCCGGACGCCGAGGAGAUCAGCUGUUUGACUCUUAAGUGCCUGGCACAUCUGUUCAGUUGGAUUCCGUUGUCGAGUACAAUCAAGCCUGCACUACUGGGGACAGUGUUCUACUUUGCUGAGUUUGGCUGUAAUGGUAUAUCGGGUGGUGGUGGUGGUAGUGUUGUCUGCAACCCUGAUCUAGGUGUACUUGCCAUGACAUGCAUUAAUGAGCUUCUGUCUAAGAACUGCGUCCCACAGGAGUACGAAGAGUAUCUUUUGAAGCUGUUCCAACAAACAUUCCAACUUCUGCAGCGCAUAACCAAAGAUAGUGCCUCAUCAUCAGACGACCACCUUUCUGAACUUGAUGAUAGCUACCUGAACAAGUUUACAGAGUUCCUACACCUGUUCGUCAGCAUCCACCUUCGGCGUUUUGAGAACAGCUCCCUUUUCCCAAUCCUGGAGCUCCUGACUCUGCUGUAUAAAUACACCUUCCAUCAGCCUCAAAAUGAAGGAUUUUUCAACUGCCUGGACACAUGGUCUGUUUUCCUGGAAUAUCUGACAUCAAAGGUGUCCAGCGCUAGAAGAGAUAAGCUAGCAGAAGCAGAGGCCACUGUAUCAAGAUACAAGGAUGUGCUUAUGCUACUACUGAAUGAUAUUCUGAAAAAGAUACAGUUCCAUCACAAUCAUGAUCAGUUGGAGGAACUGGAUGACUCGGAUAUGGAUGAUAAUGCUGAGACUGAGUGGCAGGCCUUUCAGCGCAAUUGCCUCGAGAUUGUUGCCAAGCUUGCCGAACUGUUGCCAGCAGAGGCUUUUACUGCCCUGUUUCCCUUGUUCAGCAAAUACAUUGAUGUUUAUUUGGGUCUUGGACAGUUCAUCACGAAAACAGCAGAAGGUACCUUUCACAUGGAUCUAGGAGGAGAGAUGGAGUGCCGUCAGCUGCACUGUAGUCUGCGAGAUCUCUCCACGAUAGAGCGUGCCCUUGGCAGGCUAGUGGAGCACUUUAUUGGCGAAGUGAACUUUGGCAACAGAUUCAGUGAUGGCGAGGCUAUUGUCGACAGGUUUUGCCAUGUUGCAUUAUUUGGGACCCAGAUGAAACUGUACUCCAUCAAGUCUACUAUGCCAUCGCUUCUACAGCCAGACCUUAUAGAAGUUCAUGCCCAGGCCCUCGCAGCCUUGCAGGCCUACUGCCAUUGGUUGAGUCAAUUCUACCUUGAAAGUCAACGACAACAGCAGCACCAUGACAAGUUUGCCACGCUGGUAUCCACGAUCAUCAACGCCCUCAUUCCACUCCUCAGCAAAGAGGUCCCUCACCGCGUGUCGCUACCCGCGUGUCACCUUCUCAACUCCCUGACGAGCACCGUACGCCCUUCAUUCUUUAUAGCGCUAGACAAGGUCCAGAGCUUGUACCGGGACAUCAGCAAUGGAAGUCUGGGCGGGGUACCCUUGGAGAUUCAAGUAUUGGUGUUCAGAAGCUUGUCCAACGCCCUGGUGUUACCCUGGCCAUACGUAUCUGGCAAUGAACAGCAGUGGGAGAUGCGUUCCCAGAACCACCUGAGCCUUAUCAAGGGCCUGACGUCACGCUACAAGGAGAUGACGUCAUCACCCGGUUUCUCCACCAGUAAGGAACUCCAGCAAGCGGCCAAACCGAGCCUGCAGUACACGCUUCAUAUAUUACAAGACCUGGUGUCAGCGGUUGCGGAAGACCAGGUUACCAAGACCAAGGUGAUUCUGUACCAUUCCAUUCAAGAUGUUGUGCAGCUGACUUUGACCGUGUUCCCGCUUUACGCCAACGAGCCUGACGCCAUCGACGCUAUUCUAGGCUUCCUCCUUGCACUCUUCCAAAGCCUCAAGAUCCAGAUCGGUACCGCGGUCACUGAGCAGAUCGUCCAGCGGUUGAUGUCAAUCUUCACUCGUGACCAGCUCUACGCGACGAUUGUACACGAGAGUAGCCUGGGAUCCAGAGUGGUGGAGAAAUUCCUUCGACUGCUUCAGUUACUGGUACAGGAACCCGCUGCGUCGUUUAAGGCGUUUUUACCGGGCAUUAUAUCACUCAGUAUGGACCAGUUAUAUCCAAUACUCGCAGAGAGAAAACGUCUGCGCUACAAACACAACUAUCACUGCUUGCGCCAGUCCCCCGAUAUUAAAACCGAGUUCUUCGAGCUCCUUCAUCAGCUUUUACUUCACAACUGGCGUUACUUCUUUCGCACAUCUCUGCUGGCCAAAAUGUCUGCAGGCGAGGAGCAAGUCGAGAACCAAUCACAGUUCGUCUCUAUGUUACAAGCAUUCGGUCAGUCUUUCCUCCAACCCGACAUCACGAUUUUCAGACAAAAUCUCGAAGCUCUGGAGAACUUGAACUCAAAAUGCAAACUCUAUCAGAAGGGUAUUUUCCGUUCCAACAUGCUGUUACAGUUCGUGAACGUUUUAACGCAAGCACUGGUGCACCGGUCACAUGACCUGCUGCAGGAUGAAAUUAUUAUCACCAUCUAUAACAUGGCCGCUGUAGACUGGGACCAAUUCUUUGCAUCCUUCCUCCCACAGUUCCUUGUGGGCUGUGAGGGGCUUACAGAGAAUCAGAAAUCUGAAUUGAGGAACAACUUUAGGCAGGAUAAGGAUCUGCCCUCUUUUACCCACGGUAUCCAGAGAUUUAUUGCAGACUUACGCUACUACCGUCUGUGUAACAGCAGCUUGCCACCAGGAACCGUCAAAUUUUGAUUAACACUUGCGCUGCUUUGGAUUUCUGUGGUUGGCUAUGAGGCAAGAGGAACUGGGGAGAGGGUUUACGGUGACUUCACAUCUCCAACCACAGGAAACCCAAAAAACAACCCGAUAUGAACUUCGGGUACUACGCUGGCGCUAUUUUUAUCUGGUAAGAAACAACCCAGCGCCACGAACUGUCGAGAUUUAAGACCAGGCGGCGUAGCUCAAUGAAAACCUUCGCUUCAAGGUUUGUGUCUACUCCCUGCUCAAGGCCAAGAUGAUUGACAGGGGUGAAUAACAUAUCGAAUAUAAUAUGAAGUGCAUUCAAGAAACCUGUAAACUACGGCAACAUCUCUAACCUUGGCAAUCACUAACUGGUAAUGGUGGAGAAACUGCAUAUACACCUUUUUCAAAAAACGUCAGUGCAAACGGUAAAUGGCGAUUGGAAAAUGGUAGUUCUACGACCCAAGGGACCCAUGAAUCCCAAAAUAUUUGUUUCAAAUUCAGUAAAAUAUCAAUAAAACGUACAACUAUCCAUUUAAUAUAAUUAAUUUAUUAUAUGGCUACGAUAGUACGCGCGCUGUGAUUGGCUAAUUGGUAGUCGUAUUGCCCGUCUCUGCGGGCAUUACGGAAUUCCGUAUUGCCCUACGAAAAUCUUUUCACAAUCUUCUGUUUUUUGACAUUUCUUUCCACCUUCAAACUGCAAAAUGAGCGACAGCGAGUAGCGAAUUCUAACAUCCAAAAGAAGCAGAAAUGGUUUGUUGGCGGGCCGUCUUUUUCCGUAUCAGGACCGGGAGCUUUUUUGUGUUGUUUUGUUCGGUUGCACAAAUCUCGCUAAAACAAAAUCGUCCAAAACACCAAAGCCACAAAAAAUGGGAAUGGACGAGUACUCUGAGUCGGAGUUUUAUUAUCCUGAAGAGAUUGAAGAGGAAAAUUUUGAAGAAAAAAAAAAUAACGAGCCGGCGAGCGCCACCGAUAAGAAAUACAAAAAUUAAGUUAUUUAUAUCGGAUAGCCAUAGACAA